AUGAAAAUAAUAACUAGGGCAAAAUAGGACAUUGAAGAUUUCUCAGAUGAAUAUGAAGUUCUGAAAUUAAGCAAGGGUUUCACAAAAGAGCCAAAAAAAUUAAAUUGUUUCCUAAUCACAAUAUGUAGCCAAAAAGGGCUGUAAAGCCAAUAAUUUAAAUUUCUAGCAUGAUGAAAUGAGGAACAUUAAAAAUUAAACAAGCAAAGAGAAUUAUUUGUGAAUUUCUUAAUUGAUAAGAUUGAUGAAACUAAAAAAAUAAUUGAUCAUUAUAAAUUACUUUAAAAUUGCUAAUCUAUGAUUUCUAUUUUUAAAAAAAAUUUUUAAUUAAUCAAAAAUAGAAUAGAUAAUUUGAGUUAGAAAUUUUAUAUUAUAAGAGAUGAACAAAAUUUGUAUUUAUUAAUUAUAUCAAUUCUUUAGAAAUGUUUAUCAUUAUCAGAAUUGA